AUGUCUGUUAUAUACAACAGCACCGAGGCUUUUCUCAGCCCCUUACCCAUUGAUCCAGCCUCGCGGUCUGUAGGACUUGGCGCUGUGAUUGAAGCAAGUUCGGCGUUCCUGUGGACACUCACUGCAAUUGUCGGAGCAUCGCUUCUCGCCUGGUUCAGAAAGCCCUGGACUGAUGAGAAUGGUCACAAAAUUCCCAAAGGCCCAAUAGGGCUUCCUAUAUUUGGUUCCUUUUACUCUUUGACUAGGUAUCCUGAGUUGACUCUGGACUACUGGGCGAAGAGGUUCGGAGACCUAUAUUCCAUCUGGCUUGGAAACCAACUGUUCGUCAUUGUCUCAGACCCAAACAUUGCCAAAGACCUCAUGGUCACCAACGGGAACGUGUUUUCCUCCCGCAAAGAAUGUUUAUCAAAAGCCAAACCGUCUUUGCUGGUCGAGCACCGCCGUAUUGCUGCCACAUGGUUGAGCCAGCGUGUCGUGGACUCAUAUUCUCCUGUAUUGGAUCGCGAGUCGCUCUCGUUGGUAAAGGCAUUGCUUAUUGAAAGUAAAGGAGGCUUGGCCCCCGUCGACCCUCAGCCUUAUGCCGGUCGUUGCUCAUUAAACAACAUGACAACUAUCACGUUCGGUUUCCGAGCAGACAGCAUCCACCACCCCCUCGUAGGACGGGCCUUGAAGCCCAGCCGUGAAUUUAUGAAUUGCACUGGCCCUAUGUCCAAUCUUAUUGAUUUUGUUCCCAUUCUGCAGUACCUCCCGACACCAUUGCACAGGCGCGCCAAGAAACUGCACAAGGGCUUGGUCGAAACAUACGGUGGCUUCAUCAAGGAAACUGAGCAGAAGAUGAUGGAAGGCAAGACGGUUCAGGACUGUUUAGCAAAGACGAUGGUCGAAGUCCGCUAUAAAGAGGAGCUAGAUGAUUUGGAUAUGGCGAUCCUUGCAUCAGCCUUCAUGAUCGGCGGUGUUGAGACAACUGCCGCUAUUAUGCAAUGGUUCUCUGCUCUUAUCCCUGCCUAUCCUGAGAUUCAAAAGAAGGCCCAGGAAGAGCUCGAUCGUGUUAUUGGACGUGAUCGUCUCCCUGCCAUUGAAGAUGAAAAGAACCUACCUUAUUGCCACGCUAUCAUAAAGGAAGUGGAGAGAGUUCACAAUCCAUUCUGGUUAGGUACUCCACACGUCGCCAGUGAAGAUUUCGUCUACCAAGGAAAGUUCAUUCCGAAGGAUACUGUGGUCGUUCUCAACACAUGGACUAUGCACUAUGAUCCGGCCCGUCAUUCAUCUCCCAAAAAGUUCGAUUGUCAAUGUUGCCGAUCCGAUGAAGCGAGACCACUGGAUGUUUGGAGCUGGAUAAGCAAUAGUUUGUCUGCAACGAAACAGAAAGCCCGGUUAACAUCUUUUAGUCGUCGCGUUUGCCCGGGAAUGAUUGUGGCUGAGCGUGAAAUUUGGCUGACAAUCUCCCGUAUGCUCUGGGCAUUCGAUAUGUACGAGAUUCCGGGGGAGCCUAUCGAUUUGAAAGAAUAUGAUGGCCUCUCUGGGCGUUCUCCGGUGCCGUUCCGCAUUGGAUUGAAGCCACGGCAUGACAAUGUUGCCAAACUAUUAGAGAAAGUUGAGAUUUAG